CGCUCGUGCUUCGGCGCCACUCGGCUCCCUUCCCGCCCCUCGCUCCCUCCCUCCUUCCCUCCCUCCCUCCCUCUUCUCCCUCCCUCCUGUCCUGGGACUGCCUGGAGCUCCGCACCGCGAGUUUGCCGCGGCACUUUCCGCGCGGCGGAAGAGCGCGCGCCAGCUUCGGCACACCUGGGUGCCCGAUCCCAGCCAUACGCCUCGUCCCCUACAAGCUCCUCCGAGCCCCGCCGGCUGCUGGGGGAGCGGCGGCCGUCCCGCUCCUGGAGGUCGUCCCCUGGCAUCCUCGGGGCCGCAGGAAGGAAAAGGAGGCAGCGGCCGGAGCCGUGGUGGGCGGCCUGAGGUGAGAGCCCGGCCAGCCCCUCUGGGAAUAUGGCGACCGGUGGCUACCGGACCAGCAGCGGCCUCGGCGGCAGCACCACAGACUUCCUGGAGGAGUGGAAGGCUAAACGCGAGAAGAUGCGCGCCAAGCAGAACCCCCCGGGCCCGGCCGCCCCGGGAGGGGGCGGCAGCGACGCCGCUGGGAAGCCCCCCGCGGGGGCUCUGGGCACCUCGGCGGCCGCCGCUGCCAACGAGCUCAACAACAACCUCCCGGGCGGCGCGCCGGCCGCACCUGCCGUCCCCGGCCCCGGGGGCGUGAACUGCGCGGUAGGCUCCGCCAUGCUGACCCGGGCGGCCCCCGGCCCGCGGCGGUCGGAGGACGAGCCCCCAGGCGCCUCUGCCUCGGCUGCACCGCCGCCCCGGCGUGACGAGGAGGAGCAGGACGGCGUCCCGGAGAAGGGCAAGAGCUCGGGCCCCAGUGCCAGGAAAGGCAAGGGGCAGAUCGAGAAGAGGAAGCUGCGGGAGAAGCGGCGCUCCACCGGCGUGGUCAACAUCCCUGCUGCAGAGUGCUUAGAUGAGUACGAAGAUGAUGAAGCAGGGCAGAAAGAGCGAAAACGAGAAGAUGCAAUUACACAACAGAACACUAUGCAGAAUGAAGCUGUAAACUUACUAGAUCCAGGCAGUUCCUAUCUGCUACAGGAGCCACCUAGAACAGUUUCAGGCAGAUAUAAAAGCACAACCAGUGUCUCUGAAGAAGAUGUCUCAAGUAGAUAUUCUCGAACAGAUAGAAGUGGGUUCCCUAGAUACAACAGGGAUGCAAAUGUUUCAGGUAAUCUGGUUUCAAGUAGCACACUGGAAAAGAAAAUUGAAGAUCUUGAAAAGGAAGUAGUACGAGAAAGACAAGAAAACCUAAGACUUGUGAGACUGAUGCAAGAUAAAGAGGAAAUGAUUGGAAAACUCAAAGAAGAAAUUGAUUUAUUAAAUAGAAUACAGGGGGUACAUGUGCAGAUUUGUUACAUGGGAGUAUUGUGUGAUUAUGAGGUUUGGAAUACAGAUCCCAUCACCCUGGUAGUGAGCAUAAUACCUGACAGGACCUAGAUGACAUAGAAGAUGAAAAUGAACAGCUAAAGCAGGAAAAUAAAACUCUUUUGAAAGUUGUUGGUCAGCUGACCAGGUAGAAGAUUCAAGACUCAAUGAGGAAAAAAUAUUUUAAACUACUGAUUGAAUGUUAUGGUCAAUGCUAGCACAAUAUUCCUAUGCUGCAAUACAUUAAAAUAACUAAGCAUGUAUAUUUAUUUCUAGAAAAUGGAUGUUUGUUUUCAAAAUACUUCUUUUUCAUUAUUGGUUUUAAAAAAAGCAUCAACCUUUUAUCUCACAAAUAAGUAAUAUCUUUCAGUUAUUAAAUGAUAGGUAAUACCUUUUUGGUUUUGUGUGGUAUUCAACUAAUACAUGGUUUAAAGUCACAGCCAUCUGAAUAUAUUUCAUCUUUGGUAGUACCUUUUCUCCCUUAGGAAUAUACAUAGUCUUUGUUUACAUGAGUUUAAAUACUUUUGGGAUAUUACCUACACAUGCCUUAUUACUGAUGUGUGCAACCUUUUAUGUGUUGAUGACUCACUCAUAAAGGUUUUUGUCUACUGUCAUUUCUUUCCACUUAUUCUAAGCAUUUAGAGUAAUAGAGUCAUACUUUUGUGUAACAGUAUCCUUUUAAAAGGAAAGCUGUUACAAAGUCACUGUCAUGUUCUAGUCGAUUAAAUAUAAAUUUAAGAGAAUACUUGAAUUGUGCUAUAAUAAAAAAAAUUUACUAUUUUGUGUUUGAAUAUUGAAAAAUUGAAUCACUUUAACUCCUGAAAAACAUACAAUUUUAAUUUUAAUGUAAAAUUUCUUAUGUAGGUACUACUUUUUUUUUAUUGUUCUAAGGUUUGCAAGUGAACAUAGGAUAUUUUAAAAGUUGUUUGUUCUUCAGGCCUGGAAAGUGUACAAAGUCAGUGUAGGAGAAAAAAAAUCCAUAUUUUUAUUAUAUUAGCAUGCACACUAAAAUAAAAACCAAAAUGUUAUUCAUACUUAAAACAUUUAUACAAAACAAUAUGUAAGCAGAAAUAGUACUAAAAUACAGUUUUUUCAUAUGAGAGAAUAUUCCCCUAUUUCAAUUUUAAGGAAUUUUGUUCCUAGCAUUGAAAUUUUAAAAACAGAAUUACUUCUAAAGAAUUAUACAAAUUUUCUCUUGUA